AUGAUGGAAUUGAUGCAGAAUUAUGCUAAAGAAGGGAUAGUUGGAAUUGCUAAUCCUGACCGCUGGGAAAUUUGCCCAGCCGCUAUUGAGUUUGUCUCUGCUACUAUCUCGGCUAGCUCGUUUGAGGAACUGAAAAAACAUUGCUUCUUAACAGAAACCCGAUGGUGUCUAGGCGAUCUAAUCGGCCUUAUAUGGUUUGCGCUGAUAUCUGCUCGUACAUUCUACUUAUACACGCCGAGAUCGGAGGCGAAAGGCUAG